AUGCAGCGGCUGCUGGGCCAGGGCGGUUCUCCCGCGCCCAGGACCCGCGGCACCGCGGCAAUGUCUCUGCCGGGGAGCAGACGCUCGUCCACCGGAUCACGAAGGCGCCCCUCGCCCCCCGGGAGGGACACCUACGGCACCUCCUCGCUGAGCAGCAGCAGCAAUUCUGGCUCCUGCAAGGGCAGCGACAGCAGCCCCACCCCAAGGCGCUCGGCCAAGUACAACCUCUGCAGCGACAACCAUGGGAUAAAGCCGCCGACACCGGAGCAGUACCUGACGCCCCUGCAGCAGAAGGAGGUCUGCAUCAGGCACCUGAAAGCUCGCCUGAAGGACACGCAGGAGCGGCUGCAGGACAGGGAUGCUGAGAUCGAGGACCUGAAGACGCAGCUGUCGCGGAUGCAGGAGGACUGGAUCGAGGAGGAGUGCCACCGCGUGGAGGCCCAGCUGGCGCUGAAGGAGGCCCGCAAGGAGAUCAAGCAGCUGAAGCAGGUCAUCGACACGGUGAAGAACAACCUGCUGGAGAAGGACAAGGGGCUCCAGAAGUAUUUUGUGGACAUCAACAUCCAGAACAAGAAGCUGGAGACGCUGCUGCACAGCAUGGAGGUGGCGCAGAACGGGGCGCUGAAGGAGGACGGGGCUGGCGAGUCGGCUGGGGGGUCCCCGGCUCGUUCCCUCACCCGCAGCUCCACCUACACCAAGCUGAGCGACCAGGGGGCCGGGGACCGCAACGUGGGGGGCUCACAGACCAUCUCGCUGGACGAGGGGGCCGACAGUGGCUUCGUGGGGGCGGAGGAGGCUCCCGGCCAUACGGACCCGCUGGAGGGGGGAGGCGAGCCCGGCGCCCGCCUGCCCCCCAGCUCUACCUAUGAGAAGCUGCUGGGGCUGCGGGGCGGCGUGGAGGCCGGGGUGCAGGCCAGCUGCAUGCAGGAGCGGGCCAUCCAGACGGACUUCGUGCCCUGCCAGCCCGACCUGGACACCAUCCUGGAGAAGGUGAUGAAGUCCCAGGCUUGCAGCUUAGGCAGCCCCACCUCAGCCUGGGUCUCCGAAAUGGAAGACAUGGUGCCCGGCCCCGAGCUCUCCAACCCUGGCGGGGCCACGGACCUGCUGGUGGCCGAGCCCGACGGCGCAACAGCGGGUGCCGGCGCCGAGGAGGGUGCCCCCUGCAACCCGGCGAUCCUUUAUCCUGGAGGAGGGAAAGGACCGUUGCUGGAAGAGAGGUGCCAAGCGGCGACGCGGGACGUGGCACCAAGCGGCACGCUGCGACCCCCUGCCUGA